CCUAACAGAUAAGGAAUCCUGCCCAAUCUUAGUGGCUGCCUUUUCCCCUCCUGCAGAUUAAGCAAUACCAAGAAGCAAGCGGUUCACACGGUAAUGGGCAUCUGGAUGGUCUCCUUCAUCCUCUCCACGCUGCCCGCCGUGGGCUGGCACGACACCGCUGAGAGGUUCUACGCCAGCGACUGCCGUUUCAUUGUCACGGAAAUCGGCCUCGGCUUCGGGGUCUGUUUCCUGCUCCUCAUCAGCGGCAGCAUGGCCAUGGGGGUGGUCUGCGUGGCCAUCGCCCUCUUCCAGACCUUCUCCAUCCAAACGGGCAACAACCUGGACAAGAACAAGUUCAACGUGCCCACCAUCGUGGUGGAGGACGCUCAGGGCAAACGCCGCUCCUCCAUCGAUGGAUCCGAACCCAUCAAGACGUCUCUCCAGAUCACUUACCUGGUCACCGGCAUCGUUUUCCUCUACGAUUUCCUGAUGGGAUUUCCUGUCUUGGUGGUGAGUUUUGCCAGCCUGAAGUCGGACGUGGCCUACGACUGGAUGGUCCUGUGUAUCAUCUGGUGCUCCGUGGCCCAGUCCCUUCUCCUGCCCUUGUUCCUUUGGGCCUGCGACCGCUACCGGGCCAAUGUCCGCUUGGUCUGGGAGAAGUGCGUGGCCAUCAUGUCCAACGAUGACGGCGGGGAAGAGACUAGCUUGGACCGGCCGAUUCCCACAGAUGCGAUGUACUCGCAACCUUAUCCCGACAGCCUCUCCGGCGACGUUCUCACUGUGGACCAGAUCGCCAGCUAUGACCUGUCAGCACUGGAGCGGGGGAUCCCUCAGGUCUACGCCACGAAGCCUGUCCCGGACGAUAAAAUGCAGUAUCUCCAGGUCCCUCCGACUCGGCGUUUCUCGCAUGACGAAACUGAGAUUUGGACCACCAGCCAGAUUUCGGCCUACUUUCAGCACUGGGUGGCAGGAGAGGACAUCACCGCUGAACUGGCAAGUUUGCUCCUCCCUCAGCCUCGAUACGACCGGCGGAGGACCAGCGCCCUCUCCUACCAAGAGGAUCGGCGUCUGCACCGAAAGCGCAGGAAGUCCGCUGAGAGCCCAUUAUCCCUCAAGCCCUUCUCGUGCGAAGACAUCCACCGGCAGGGAGGCUACAAGUGCUUUAGCAAAGAGGAUGUGAUGGAUUUCACGGAUGAUCCCAGUCCACGUCCUACCCUGAGGAGGCUGCCAGUGCGCUCGGCCUCCGUCUCUCUCCUCCCAGAUGCCUUUCCGCACCGUUCAACCACCUCCGUUCUCCGAGACUUCCCUUUGACCACUUUCGAACGAGAGCCUCAAGUUUUGCGAAGCAUCUCAGUCCAGGGACGAGGGACUUCUCUGAUGGUACCGGGCCCUCUCCCGGCCAAGGAGGACACUCGGAUUCUCUUUCCCAAAGGGAGUUUGGACAUGCCUUGCCACGAACAGAUUCACGUAGAACUCUGCGAGAGUCCCGGGACGGAGGAUUGUCCGAUGAUCAGGAGUUGCUCCAAGACAGAAUGUUUCCGGACAGGUCUGAGUCCUUCCUGGAGAGGCCAAGACGAUCUUCAGAAAAAUGGAAGCAAAGGUAGCACGAGCAGUUUCUUGAGCUCACCUUCGGCCUCCUCUGGAUACGUCACAUUCCACUCGGAUUCGAUUAGCUCGGCCUCGUAGACACCAGAGUAGCCGGAAUCGCUUCGUACACGUAUCCUCCAGAAGGUCUAGGUAGGACAACCCGUUGCGGCCAACUCGUCGUGGGACAACUCAGGACAAUUCAACACUGCAUUAAUCAUUCCGCUCGGUUACUUUAUGAUCGGUGGCCACGUUUUUGUCGAAAUUUUUGUAACUCUCGUAUUUCAGCAAUGACUUCCUUUUGUUAUUAUGGGCCACGGUUCCGUAGAAAAUUAACUUUUGUAUCUGUUGAAUUGUCCCGCAGCGAGUUGGCUGCGGCGAGUCAUCCCGUUCGGCUUCCAGAUUUGUUUCUCGCUCGACGGGAUUUCCUUCUGGUUGCGGUCUGGAUUUGGUAACGGGAACUGGACAAAGCACCAAAGAACCUUCAUUUUUGUCUCUCGUCCUGGUUGUCAAAAGCAGGAGAGGGACGUUAAGCAGGAUGCUUCAGAGAGCAACCUUGUAAGAAAAGCACUUCGAAUCCAGACGGGUCAUAUCUCAGCUCGGGGCGAGAGAGGGUAUGUUCUCCUCUCUUCCUUUUCUACCGCAAGAACCCACACAGCUCGUCCAAACUUGACGGACUUUUUUGGUUUGGUUCGUUUUUCUAAUCAUCUCACGUCUUCUCCAAGAACUUUUCUAGGUAGAUGUUAAAUGUGCAUGUCUUUGGGUAUUGAUCCUUCUCUCUUGGAGCACAGCCGUGGGAGGAAGCGGUUGCCAAAAAGAGCCAAGUUUCCCUUUCCAAAAACCUUGGCACGGCACGCGCUCCAACUUUCUCAGUCCUUGUUCUACAUUCCAAGAGACCCUCUUGUCGAGCAAUGAGUGGUGGGUGAGACCUGCGUGUGGUCCGUUAUUCCGAAAUAGUGUCAUGUUCAUGGGGUCCAUUAUUCCAGCAUAGUGUUGCAUGCACAUGGUCUGUUAUUUCAGAAUAAUGUCAUGUGGACCUGGUUCGUUAUUCCGAAAUAGUGUCACAUUCAUGGGGUCCGUUAUUUCAGAAUAAUGUCAGGUGCAUGGAGUCCGUUAUUCCAGAAGAGUAUCACAUGCACGUGGUCAAUUAUUCCGGAAUAGUGUCACAUGCACGUGGUCCGUUAUUUCAGAAUAGUGUCACAUGGAUUUGGUCUGUUAUUCCAGAAUAAUAUCACAUGCAUGUGGUCCAUUAUUUUAGAAUAAUGUCAGGUGUAUGGAGUCUGUUAUUCCAGAAGAGUGUCGCAUGCACAUGGUCCGUUAUUUCAGAAUAGUAUCACAUGCAUGUGAUCCGUUAUUCCAGAAUAAUGUCCCAUGGAUGUAGUCCGCUAUUCCGAAAUAGUCUCAUGUGCAUGUGAUCCAUUAUUCUGGAAUAGUGUCAUAUUCAUGUGGUCUGUUAUUCUGGAAUAAUGUUGCAUGCAUGUGGUCCGUUAUUCCAGAAUAGUGUCACAUGCGUGUGAUCCGUUAUUCCAGAAUAGCGUCAACGUUGGGACUGGGACAACUGGUUGUUUGCAAAAAAAAAUAAAAAAUGGUGGGUUUCUCUCAGGAGCAAAAUUUAAGUCCGAUCCAGAAAAAAAAUCCCUUUGGCUUCGUUCCCCAGCCCCCUAAGCAAGAAAACUCACCACUUUACCUCCUGUUCAGUGCCAAAGCCUCGCCCCACAUCCUGCACAGAGCCACAGCCCCAUAACCUCCCAAGGGUGAUUUACAGGAUGCAGAAAUGGGGCGAGGAGGAGGAAGGUUGCACUAAAAAUGGCAGCUUUCCUUUUGCAGCAUCCCACUUGAGCAAUACAACAAACGGGGCAAUCCCUGCAGGAGGGGUUGCCCUGACCCACAACCAGUGGGGUUGCUGCCCUAUAUAAUGGGGUGUGGGGGAGAAUGCAUGGGUCCAGCUUCGAGGGAAACUUUUUAGGGCUGUUCAGUCUCCUUACUGUAUACCAGGGGACACAAAAUUUAUUUUUUCUCUUGCAUUGUGACAAAGAGUCCUUCCCCGUGUCACGCCCGCCCUACGCCUUUCUUCUCAAGGGUUCCCACAUUGGGGCAUGCAGGAAACCCCACCCUCUUCCCCCCAUCAGAUGUUUUAACAUCUGGUCAGUUCAGCUCAGGCCAAGGGAAUGGAUUUUUCUGCCCUAAUCCAGGUAGCUAUUUGCAUGUUCUUUGAUUGAAAAUAAAACGGGGAUGGGGAGAAAACUAGCGCCUGGAGAGAAAGGGAGAGUAGAGAGCAACGGUUGCUAAUAUUAUACGAAAUCUUCGCCUUUUCAUUUCAUUUGUAUGCUGUCCUGAAUUAAGGAGGCUACCUGCCCCCAAACGUCCAGUUUUGGUCCGAAGAGAAAUUGUCCUAAGGACUGAAAGUUGCCCCUCUUUCUUCUUCUCUCUAUGGUUGAGGGGCACACAACUUUUCUGGAUUUUUACCAAGCAAUUCACAACAAGUGCCCUCACCUUCUGUUCAGGGAUAGUUCGCUAUUUUGGACAAGAACUCUUCCACGCAAUCCAAUUUUUAAAAAUUUGUGUUGAGGUUAUGGUGGCCUUGGGAAGAUACCCCUCACCCUCCCCCCCAAAAAAAAGCCAGUUUACACAUUGUAAAACCAAAAUAAUUUUUAUUUUUGGGUUCCCGGGCUCAAGACCCCCCCAAAAGCAAGAUGAGUUUCCCGAUGGGAUUCUAUGAAGCAAUCACUAAACUGUAGAUAGUGGGAAUUUACAAAACAAAAACAAAUCUAAAUGAAGGCAAUAAGAUUUUUUUUUCUACUACAAAAACACAUUUUAUCUAAAGUGGGUAUCGUGUCUGUGCCAAAUCUAGACAAAUUGUGCCAUUUCUAUUCUUCUGGGCUUUUUUAAAAACAAAUCACAUUUUCCUCCUGGCAUAUAACCUGGUUACCUUUCGCUCUGCUUAACGUCCAAAGCCUUGAAUUAUGACCAAUGCAAAAAUUGGUGUCCUCCGUUCCUCUCUCUAAAAGCAAAAAAAAAGCAAAAAAAAGGCAGAAUAAGGCUAGAUUUAAAAACCAAAUUUAAUUCUAUUUCCCGUAGCUUGGAAUGACAUCUAAACUUUAUGUGGGUUUGUCUAUCAACCCAUAAUUCUCAAUUUUGCAAGUUUCAGAUGGAUGGACUUCAACUCCAAGAAUUCCUCAGCCAGCCAUGCUCGUUUUCGUUUUCACCCACUCCCUUCCCAGUGCGGAGAGAUUGCAGUGGAAGGGAUUAUAAGAGACUAAUGGGGAAUUCUGGAAGUUGAAGUCCACUCUUGUUCUGCAGCCAUCAAGUUUAGAUGCAUCCUUCUGAAAAAAACCCCAAAUAUUCAUGAUGAGAAAACAACCACUAGUGUCUUUAUCCUGGUAGACUGCCACUAAAUAUGGAAGCUCAAUUUCCUCAAUUCUAAUGUUGUAAAACUGUUCGCGUCUCCAAGCAGGAAGUGAGCUGUGUAAUAUCUAUGCAGAAUAUAAUCAGGCACGGUGUAUCAAAAGUUUUACCAAAAAACCCAGGAAGCCGACUGGUUUACUUAAGCCAAGAUGGAGUUGCCACUUUUAACCAGGAUUCUUUGAACAAGCCAUUGUUAUAAGGCCACCUCCCAUCAUGAUCAAAUCCGCCAGAUGGGAAGAAACAUCCUCAAAACUCAAUCUUGUGAGCGAAAGAGAAAAGAGCAGCUUGAUCGUUCAUUUCUCUUUUGAGAAACUAGACAGGUUUCUAGUCCUCAUGAGAGGAUGAGGGUGAGCCUAAUUUGCACAAUAACCCACUAUGAAAAGGUUCCCCCCCCCCCAAGAAGCCACCUAAUGCAAGAACAUACCAGGAACGAUGGACGGUACCUCUUGAGAACAGGUGGGGGAGAAAAUGGGUUUUGAUAAAUUUUGAAAAUUUUGAAAAAUUAAUUUUGAAAAACUUUCAUGGCAGCUCCCCCCCCCCCCCCCGAUGGCUUCCAUACCCCCCGUCUCAAAUCUCCCCCCCCUCCAAAAAAAAAAAAAAAAGCAAAACAAUAAAGAAUAUCGUGCCUUUUUAAAAGGGUUUUAAAAAAUUAACCAUGCUGGCCAUUUUGGGAUUCCCAGAGGUCAUCCAACCAGCCAGAGGUUUCGGACUUCUUUUACACAGGAGGGUGGGAUAUUGGGGCGGGGGGGACUGUUAAACCCUUUGUUAUACUGUACCUUUUUAUCUCUUUCUGGGGUCCUAAGGCAAUACUUUUAUUUUAUUUUUUCCAGUUAAGAAAUGAGGUUCGUGGCAUUUCCAGACUUUUGGAAGCAUUUUAAUUUGUUCUGCGACUUCCAACUUUUAGGGCGAUACUUUGUACCCCCCGUUUUCUCCUCUCUGGUAUCUAAGUGGGUGUUUGCUCCGUCUUCGAUAUAACCCCGCUCCUCCCUAAACAGUUUUUCUGGGGGUGCAAUAUAUGUAUAUAUAUAUAUAUAUAUAUAUUUCUAGAACAUGUCCUAGCGGACUUUGAUCUUCAACCCGAACACGUUUUCUUCACGGCGGUUUUUUGUUCCCAAACUCUUUGUAGCCUGCUCUCUUUCUCUCUUUUUUAAGUUUUUGGACCUCUUGAGGAUUUCUUCCUGUAAAAAGUUGAAUUAAAAAUUAAAAAGAAAA